GUCAACCUUCCGGCAGCCCUCAGCCACCAGCGAGGAGGAGGGUCCAGAGCGACACUGACGACAGAGGGUUUCUUUUCCCCUCCCUAUGGGAUAAAGAGCCAAGGCAGAAAGACAACCCUAAAGAAGAGGCUAAGCUCUGUAAGAAAGAGCCAGAUGGCAAAGGCGACCCCGGCAGCUGCCUUGGCCAACUCCAACUCCAGCACCAUGAAUGCUUCCUUUGCUCACCUCCAUUUUGCUGGAGGGUAUCUGCCGUCUGACUCCAAGGACUGGAGGACCGUCAUCCCAGCUCUCCUGGUGGCUGUGUGCCUGGUAGGCUUCGUGGGGAACGUGUGCGUGAUUGGCAUCCUCCUGCACAAUGCUUGGAAAGGAAAGACAUCCAUGAUCCACUCCCUGAUUCUCAAUCUCAGUCUGGCUGACCUCUCUCUCCUGCUGUUUUCCGCACCUGUACGAGCUACAGCAUACUUCAAAGGUGUUUGGGAUCUAGGCUGGUUUGUCUGCAAGUCCUCUGACUGGUUCACCCACACGUGCAUGGCAGCCAAGAGCCUGACAACAGUGGCAGUGGCCAAAGUAUGCUUCAUGUACACCAGUGACCCAGCCAGACAAGUAAGUAUCCACAACUGCACCAUCUGGGCAGUGCUGGUGGCUAUCUGGGCUGUGGCCAGCCUGCUGCCUCUUCCAGAAUGGAUUUUUAGCACCACCAGACAGCAUGCAGGUAUGCGUAUGUGCCUCGUGGAUGUACCAGCCAGGGCCAAAGAGUUCAUGUCAGUGUUCGGUAAGCUCUACCCUCUCCUGGUAUUUUGUCUUCCGUUACUUCUGGCCAGCUUUUACUUUUGGAGAGCUUACAGCCAAUGUAAGAAACGAGGAACAAAGACUCAAAAUCUUAGAAAUCAGAUGCGUUCGAAGCAGCUCACAGUGAUGCUGCUGAGCAUUGCCACCACCUCGGCUCUUCUGUGUCUCCCCGAGUGGAUUGCGUGGCUGUGGGUGUGGCACCUGAAGGCUGGAGGCCCGACCCCACCUCAGGGUUUCAUAGCCCUGUCUCAAGUCCUAAUAUUUUCCAACUCUGCAGCAAAUCCUCUCAUUUUUCUGGUGAUGUCAGAAGAGUUCAAGGAAGGCUUGAAAGCCUUGUGGAAGUGGAUGGUAACCAAAAACACAAAUGCUCUGGCGUCUCGGGAAACCCCGGCUGUUAAAACGGAGGUCCUUCCGGACAAGGUUCCAUCCCGAGAGUCGCCACCAUCCAUUCCAGAGAGAGAGAAGCCUGGCUCUCCCAACUCUAGCAAAGAAAAAACCUGGAAGGCAGAGGUUCCCAUCCUCCCGGAUGUUGAGCAGUUUUGGCACGAGAGGGACACUGAUCCUUCUGUACAAGACAGUGACCCUAUCCCAUGGGAACAUGAAGAUCAAGAGUCAGAGGGUCGCGGUAAAUAG